AUGCCGGAAAUGGAUAGUAUAUUCCAUUCUUCUGUUCAAGAAGCCGUCCAACUCACUAUUCAAAAUUACAAGCCUUUGUUUGUAUUUCUUGCCCUGCCGGAUAAUUCCACAAAUGAAGCGUUUUUAAGCAAGUUUAUCAAAGAUCACACUGUUUCACACUUGCAACAGUAUUCAAUACCAUUAAAGUUGACGCAGGGUAGUGUUGAGUUUGGGUAUUUUGAGCAGCUCUUCCAGAAUUUAAUCGUUCCCAGUUUUUAUAUUGUACAGCAUGGAAAGCUCAAGGCGGUGAUCACCAACGACUUUACGCCAGACGAUUUUGACAAAUGUGUAGCCCAGUUUUCAACAGAUCAUAGCGAGUCUUCAACAUACGUGUCUGCCACACCAUCAAACCCACCAACUGCAUCCUCUUCGCAAGCACCAGAAGUUUCACAUACCACUACUGGAGAUAAUCCAACAACACCUGCUCCCACUGCAACUACCUCGAAUGACAAGGAACCACCUACAUCUCUGGAAAACAUUGCAAAAGCACAGAAGCCACCUGCAUCCCAGUCCACUACUACAGAUGAACACGAACAAACAGUUUUAAUGCACAAGCAACUCGUUGCACAACAAAGAAAAGAAAAAAUGGCAGAGAAGAAACGCAUAAGAGAGUUAUUGGAGGCUGAUAAAAGAGAACGACAGAGCCGAGAAAGAGCUGAGAAAGAACGUGUUGCUGAUAUAAAUCCCCCUUCACAAAAUUUGUCCAGAAAAGCACCUCAUACGAAUUGUCUUUUGGCAAUCAAGCUCUUUGAUGGAAGCACAAUCAAGCAUGGUUUCAAACCAGAGGAUACACUAGUCACAGUGCGUACCUUUCUUGACGACGAGAUUGAAAUCAUACCAUCUACAAGUAACAUGCCCUCAUUUGCCAGCACUACGUACCCUACAGGCUACUUAUUUCAUAGACCAACAUUACCACGCGUUACGUAUUCAGAAGAGCAAGAGUUGCAUUCACUAGUUGAACUUGACUUGACUCCAAGAUCUAUAUUAAUCCUUAAACCAACCUAUGACCAAACCACUGCAAGCAACAAGUCACCUGGAAAUGAGAAGGUAGGUAUUUUUCGGAGCGUUUACAAUACUGUUGGAGGAAUUGGAAGAGCCCUAUAUUCCUUUUUUGAUUACGGAGUCGAAGAUAUUCAGAGGCAGGCUAAUACAGAGCAGACAACAGCGCCACAUCAGGAAGAAGAAGUAAUAGAUCUUCAUCAACCAAUUGCACCUGGACUUUUAUCCGUGGGUGAUAGAGGAUUGUCGUCUUCACUUAUAAAUAUCGAACGCGAUGAGCGAGAUGUUAUUGUCGCAACCCCAGUAGAGUCGCGUGCUUCAAGUCCGAGACCUGCUUUAAGUCGAGUACAAACUAUUCAUGAUGAUGUCAGGGAUACUUUGAGGGAUACCUAUAAUGGCAAUAGCAUCAAUCUUAGAGAUGAUGACCAAAAUAUAUAG